CGUCAAAAAGGUGUGGACUGAAGGAACGUUUACGGAAGAAUUAGUGAUAGUCAUAAAAUUGAGCGCUUAAACAUGAAUAUUACACAGUAGAUGCGACACUUAGCGUGUUUAGAUUUAAAAAUUUGCGUUCAUUAGUACGAUGCAUCGUGUCAACGAUCCCGACAACACGUGUGUUUGUGUUGCGUAAAUUUGAAGCGUUUCGUCGUUGGUGGUUUCAUACGCAAACCGUUUCAACUUGACCGCGUUAAUUUAAGGUAAAAAGGCUGGCAAGGGUAACGUGAACUGCCGAUUGCGCACAUACGUGUGACCAUCGUAACUUGACAGUUGAAAAAGGCAUGAGUGGUAAACAAGGUCAGGGAACUGUGCACUCUGCCACACCUUGUGUUCUAUGGCCGUAUAGUGGUUUGAAGGUGUGAAAUGACGGUUUGAAACAAGUGAAACAGCGGUUACAAAAUCGUGCAAUAUAACCUAAAAUCAAGGAUGAGUGCAAGAACGACGGUUACGAUGAUCGAGCAAGACUGCAGCGCUGUAACGUGUAAAUAGCACCGUAAUGCUGGAUUGCAACGAUGUUUCACCACCGGGUUAGCUUGCAGUAGCUAAUUACAAUAACCAAGCGAUAUUUUCCUGUUUCAUCGAAUCGAUAUACUCAUGUAUUAUCGUUCCGUAUUACAAUAAUUUUUUUCAUGUUCAGAGCGACGUUCAUGGUUCUUUGAGGUUAUGUGAAUGGAGUUUUAGUUUCUUACUUUAUAGUUAGAACCCGCAGCCAAGUACUUAAAUCUAUAGUAAUGUCACGGGAUGCAAGAGAGAAACUUAUUUUCCAAAAUAACGGCGACUCUAGAAAAUAUGAGUUGAGGGUUGAUGUUCAGACCUAAGCAACUGUGCAAGGGUAUCGAGUUUUGAAACUCGCUCGCUGUUCGGAAAGUGGCCUAGAGACACGAUUGUUUCAAAGCUACAGGUAUGAUCGUUGCGCCAGGCAAAGUAUAGAAAGGAUGGUGUCGAACGUCGUCACCCUGACUCCGAUACGGCGCCGCUGUCUCUUCCUUCUCAUUGUUAUAUUGGUGCCCUGCUGUAUACUGAAUCUCAUAUCUUCACCUGAAAUGCAUGAGGAAACUUCCCUGCAGAACAACAUAGCGGAGUUGCACGCAAAGCUCCAGCACCUCAACGCCAAGUACAUGAACAGUCAGGAGGAGAUUAAUUUGUUAUCGCAUCAGCUGUCUCAACUCUUGGACAGCAGCCAUACUCUUCCUGAUAUCCAGUUUUUGAUCAACAACGGUAGCUCCAACAACACCAGCAUCAAGUUACCGUCGAUUUACAAUUUUUUGCCUCAUUUACUAUACGAUGCUAAUAGCCUUCGUCCAGCCUUCUUUCAAGGUAAAGGUCGCACUGGAGCCAGUGUUGUGCUCGGUGUUCCAACCGUCAAGAGAGAAGUUCAAAGCUACCUGCUCGCCACGCUUAAGAACUUGAUCGAUUUCAUGAGCAGUUCAGAAGCAGCUGAAACGAUUAUCGUUGUAUUCGUAGCUGAGACCGACUUGGAAUACGUUGCCUAUGUUGCCAAGCAAAUAGAGGUUCAGUUCCCCGAAGAGUGUGAAGUUGGACUAAUAGAGGUGAUAUCUCCAUCUACGCACUACUACCCUGAUUUGAGUAAACUUCGUGACACGUUAGGUGACAAUCACCAGCGUGUCGUUUGGAGGACCAAACAAAAUCUAGACUUUGCAUUUCUUAUGUCGUAUGCUCGUAAUAAAGGGACAUUUUACGUUCAACUAGAAGAUGAUAUACUGGCAAAAAAGAGUUUUAUAACAACCAUGAAAUCUUAUGCUUUGCGCAAAAUUAGUUCAAGGGAGGAAUGGUUUGUACUUGAUUUUUGCCAGCUGGGUUUCAUAGGAAAAAUGUUCAAAUGCGUGGAUUUACCUUGGCUUGUACAAUUUAUCUUGAUGUUUCACAAUGACAAGCCUGUGGAUUGGUUGCUAGAUCAUCUAGUGUCUACAAAGGUUUGCAAUUUGGACAAAGACAGUAAACAUUGUAAGAUGGCUAAAGCUGAAUUAUGGUUGCACUACAAACCGUCGCUCUUUCAACACAUCGGCACUCAUUCUUCGUUGAAAGGAAAAGUACAAAAACUAAAGGACAAUCAGUUUGGAAAAAUAACGCUGUUUUAUGGGCACAUAAAUCCUGACGCGACAGUGGAAACGCAAAUAAAGCCCUAUAAACAAUACACCUUGCAAAAAGCAUACAAAGGCGAAUCAUUCUUCUGGGGGCUUUUGCCGCAGCCGGGAGACCAUUUGCGUUUCAAGUUCAUUAAUCCAAUUUUUAUAAAGAAAUAUUUGUUCCGUAGUGGGAAUGCGGAGCAUCCAUUGGAUCGAUUUUAUAACACUACUGUUGAAGUUUUGCCUGCAGAUUUUGUAUCGAUCAAUAGAAAUGCAAACAACGUUACGGAGGAUGGUUACAUCAUCAUAGGUAAAUUUGAUACGCUCGGAGUAGCCGAAGGUACGGUGGACAGCAGUUUAGGCAAAAUAGCGGUAUUACGUCUGACUGUUCAUAGCGAGAGUGACAACUGGGCUAUUCUUUCCGAGAUACACAUUGUGGAGGAGCAGCCGAGCUGACACGCAGAAGGAGAAUCUCGCCGAUUUUUUCGUUACUGAACUCAUUUAUUACACAUAAACACAUAUACAAAUAAUUUAUUUACAUGCCAGAUAUAUGUAUACCUAUAAUAAUAUUUCGUAUGUAUUUCGCACCAAUGUAUAGUAUUUUUAUUCUGAAGAGGCAAAAAGUGAUUGGAAAUAUGUAUACAUAUAACAGAUUUACAUGUGUAUGUGCAUAUAUAUAUAUAUAUUACAGAUAUAAUUCUUAAUGUUGAUGUAGAUAAAAGAUUCUAUGAUGCGUUUAAUUUCCAACACAUGUUCGACACGUACUUAGGCGACAUAAGGUACAGUCGUUUGUUGCAUAUAAUUUUUGAGAUUUAUUUAUUUCUUACUUAUUUUAUUUUGUUUUACAUUAUUGUGGUUAAUUUUGUCUGGAUAUUUUAUGAUCUGUAUGAGAAAUUGCAUUUUCUUUCGCCAUUCCGAGUACCCGAUGUAGGUAUUUGGUGAUUAUACAACUGUACAUAUUAUGUAAUUUCGUUAACAGUUCUUGAUAGUUUAAUAAUCGCAAACAAUAUUUAUUGCAGUUUUUGCAAAAACAGUUUUUAUGUGCGUUAACAAUUGUCUUUCACGAGAUCUGAACAAAAAAUUAUAUGGAUGUAUUUUAAUAAGAUUAAUUGAAAUUUUAUGAAGAUAAGAUGAUGUUUGGAACAAAGCUUAUAUUGAAUAAACCACUUCUCUACUGUGGAUAAAUUUUAUGCUUCUA